AUGGAUGAGGAGAUGAAAAGUAGAGUAGUAAAAGUAGCUAGGAAAAGUGACAGAAUUCUAGUCGUGGAAUUGAUAUUCGAGGAAAAAGUGCUGAAUGUAAUAAGUGCCUAUGUACUACAAGUGGGAUGUGAUGAAAUAUACAAAGAAGUGUUUUGGAGAGAAAUGGAUGAGGUGAUGCAAGGGGUACCUGGCAAUAUGGAUGUGGUGAUAGGUGGAGAUAUGAAUGGACAUGUAGGUAAUGAGUGGAAAGGAAAUGAAAGAGUACAUGGAGGGUAUGGUUUUAGUGAGAAUAAUGAGGCUGGAGAAAGAAUCCUGGAUUUCGCAGUAUCAUAUGACCUUGCUGUGGUUAGCACUUAUUUUAGAAAGCGGGAAGAACAUUAUAUAAUAUACAAGAGUGGGAAUAAUAGAUCACAGAUUGAUUAUUUAAUGUGGAAGAGUGAGAGUGUAAAGAGAGUAAAGAAUUGUAAAGUUAUAUUAGGCGAGAGUGUAACUACACAACAUAGACUAAUGGUAAUGGAGUUUUGGUGUACAGAGAUAAGAAUAUACAAAAACUGA